CGCGCUCGUGCGCGAGGAGCCUGAGCGCCCGGGCUCGUCACCCCCUGGCUGGCCUUGCGCCGCCGCUCGCGAGCCGCGCUGUGCAUGCACUGCGGGGCGGGCUCGUGCGGACUGAGGGUCCCGAGCACCGCGGGUUGUGCUGCCUUCUCCUCCUCCUGAGCAGAGCCGCAUGAUGGCGGCAGCUGCGGCCGUGGUGGUGGAGGUGAGCGUGAGCAGCACCGGGAGUAGCAGCAGCGACACGUCCAGCACAGGCGAGGAGGAGAGGAUGAGGCGCCUCUUCCAGACCUGCGAUGGCGAUGGGGAUGGCUACAUCAGCAGGAAUGACUUGCUGAUGGUGUGCCGUCAGUUGAAUAUGGAGGAGUCUGUUGCUGAGAUCAUGCACCAACUAGGAGCAGAUGAAAAUGGGAAGAUUUCCUUUCGGGAUUUUACUCGGUGCCGCAUGCAGCUUGUGCGAGAAAUCAGGAAAGAGGAAGUGGAACUUUCCGUGAAAUCAGAUGACUCUUGUAAAAAGAAGUUGUUAAGGGACAGAAUAGCCUCCUGGCCAACGAGCAGUGAUAACAGUUUCGGUGCCUUAUCAGGUGCUAGAGAAAGCUGGGAAUAUGAUUCUGGUGCAAGAGACCUUCAGAGUCCUGACCUGCAGUGCCAUUCUACCCUACAGAAGCUCUUGGAGUAUGGAGGCAGCAGUAUAGGUCAACAAGCUGCUCUGCAGAAACUGCUAACGCAGGCCUCCAAUCUUAGCAACUCAGUUGGAGGAAGCUAUUUAGAGCUUGCCAACACUGUUCCCAGCCUUGGCAAGACAAGUCUUGUAAUUUUGCUGGAGCCAAGACAGCUCCAUUUAGCAGCCCUGGCAUCACUAAAGGGAGAUAUAGUGGAGCUUAAUAAACGUCUGCAGCAAACAGAAAGGGAGCGGGACCUGCUGGAAAAAAAAUUGGCAAAGGCUCAGUGUGAACAGUCUCAUCUAAUGAGAGAGCAUGAAGACGUACAGGAGCGAACAACACUACGCUAUGAGGAACGAAUCACAGAGCUUCACAGCAUUAUCGCUGAAUUAAAUAAGAAGAUUGACCGACUGCAAGGAACAACAAUAAGGGAGGAAGAUGAAUAUUCUGAACUACGAUCAGAGCUCAGCCAGAGCCAGCAUGAGGCUAACGAAGAUUCACGCAGCAUGGACCAGGAUCAGACUUCUGUUUCAGUACCAGAGAACCAGUCCACUAUGGUCACCGCUGACAUGGAUAACUGCAGUGACUUGAACUCCGAACUGCAGAGAGUGCUGACAGGGCUGGAGAAUGUAGUCUGUGGGAGGAAGAAGAGCAGUUGCAGUUUGUCUGUAGCAGAAGUGGACAGACACAUUGAACAACUCACCACUGCCAGCGAACAUUGUGAUCUAGCUAUUAAGACAGUAGAGGAGAUUGAGGGUGUGCUGGGACGGGAUCUUUAUCCAAACCUGUCUGAAGAGAGAUCUCGGUGGGAAAAGGAGCUGGCUGGCCUGAGGGAAGAAAAUGAGAGCCUCACUGCUAUGCUGUGCAGCAAAGAGGAGGAGCUGAACAGAACCAAGGCUACCAUGAACGCUAUCCGGGAAGAAAGGGACAGAUUGCGCAGAAGGGUUCGGGAACUGCAAACACGUUUACAGAGCAUCCAGGCAACAGGCCCAUCCAGUCCAGGUCGUCUCACUUCUGCAAACCGACCCGUGAACCCCAGUACUGGAGAACUGAGCACGAGCAGUAGCAGCAAUGACAUUCCCAUUGCCAAGAUUGCUGAACGAGUGAAGCUCUCAAAGACAAGGUCAGAGUCUUCAUCGUCUGACCGACCUGUCCUAGGAUCAGAAAUCAGCAGCAUAGGGGUAUCUAGCAGUGUGGCUGAGCACUUGGCCCAUUCUCUCCAAGACUGCUCCAACAUCCAGGAAAUCUUUCAGACGCUCUAUUCACAUGGAUCUGCUAUCUCUGAAAGCAAAAUCCGAGAGUUUGAAGUGGAAACAGAGAGGUUAAAUAGCCGUAUUGAGCACUUAAAAUCCCAGAAUGACUUGUUGACAAUAACGCUGGAGGAGUGCAAGAGCAAUGCUGAGAGGAUGAGCAUGCUGGUUGGGAAAUAUGAAUCCAAUGCCACGGCACUCAGACUUGCACUGCAGUACAGUGAACAGUGCAUAGAAGCAUACGAGCUGCUGCUGGCUUUGGCAGAAAGUGAACAGAGUCUCAUUCUUGGUCAAUUUAGAGCUGCAGGCGUUGGUUCUGUUGGGGACCAAACAGGUGAUGAGAACAUUACCCAGAUGCUCAAGAGAGCUCACGACUGCAGGAAGACAGCUGAGAAUGCAGCAAAAGCCCUGCUGAUGAAAUUAGAUGGCAGCUGCGGGGGAGCCUAUGCGAUCACUGGCUGUAGCGUACAGCCCUGGGAGAGCCUGUCAUCCAACAGCCACACCAGACAGGGUUUCUUGAAUGAAAACAAAGGAUGUACUCAACAGCAUCACACUACCAGCUCAACUGCAAGUAGCUGUGAUACGGAGUUCACAAAGGAGGAUGAGCAGAGGUUGAAGGAUUACAUCCAGCAGCUGAAGAAUGACAGGGCAGCAGUCAAGCUGACCAUGUUGGAGCUGGAGAGCAUCCAUAUUGAUCCCCUUAGUUAUGAUGUCAAACCUCGUGGAGACAGCCAGAGGCUAGACCUGGAAAAUGCAGUAUUGAUGCAGGAACUCAUGGCAAUGAAGGAGGAGAUGGCAGAGCUUAAGGCACAACUGUACCUGCUAGAGAAAGAGAAGAAAGCACUGGAGUUGAAACUCAGCACUCGAGAGGCCCAAGAACAGGCCUACCUAGUUCACAUUGAGCACCUAAAGUCUGAAGUAGAAGAGCAAAAAGAACAGAAAAUGAGAUCCCUCAGCUCCACCAGUAGUGGCAACAAAGACAAAUUGGGCAAGGAAUGCACAGAUGGGACCACAACACCAUUAACCCUAGCUGAGCUGAGACCAUACAACGACAGUGAACUGGCUGCAGAACUAACAAAUGCACUCAGACGAGAGAAGAAACUGAAAGGGAGAGUGCAAGAGUUAGUGAGUGCCUUAGAGAGACUCACGAAGAGCAGUGAAAUCAGACAUCAGCAGUCUGCAGAGUUUGUUAAUGACCUGAAAAGGGCAAACAGUAACCUUGUGGCAGCUUAUGAAAAAGCAAAGAAGAAGCAUCAAAACAAACUGAAGAAACUAGAGUCACAAAUGAUGGCCAUGGUCGAGAGGCAUGAGACUCAAGUGAGGAUGCUCAAACAAAGAAUAGCACUGCUGGAGGAAGAGAACUCAAGACCUCACACCAAUGAAACUUCGCUUUAAAAUUAUAUAUAUGAUGACAAUUAGUGCCAUUAAAAACCAGUUUUUUUUUUUUCCUUUAACUGAUUUUAGGUAGUGAACACUAUUAAGGAUCUGAAACAUAACAGGCAUAGAUCAGCCUUGUGGCUUUGUCAAAUCAAACCAGGAGGAAUGGGGAGACUAUUUUAGCAAAGGAUUGUUUAUUGAUCACUGCUUGAAAUGGACAGUGUCUGAAGGUAAAGUUUCCAGUCAUUCACAGUACAUGUGAUUAUGUAUAUACACACACAUGCAGGGUUAUCACCCAUCCUCAAAUCCUAAUGGGUGGCAGUCCUUCACUUUCAUUUUGAUCUUGAUGCAUUCCCUUGCUUUUAAUUUACUCCUCAGACAAUGCCAAAAUCGCACUUAUUCAGAUGCUUUUGUAUGUUUGGGCACAGAUUAAGCCAGUUUGAUAGAUCUCCCAGCCCCCAUGUUCUCUUUGUCCUGAAAUCUUGCAGUACGAUUUGCUGUUACAUCUAUUGUAUGUAUAUGGUUGGUGAGGGGGAGGUGUGCAAGAUGACAGCCUGGUUUGUACCCUGCACCAAACUUGCAGUUCUCCCCACACAGCCCAGCAGAUGGAGGAGGAUCACUCCUGCUAAUUCAGAGACGUUUUACCCAGACAGGAUUCCUGAUCACAGCAACUAGAAAGCUCUUGCUGCAAGUCUACAAUGCUGUUUUAUUUCUUAUGCCCUUACAGGCUGUAUGUGGCCACAUGCUUUCUAUUUACAGUGUGGGGGCCAAGAUUGGGUAGGAAGUUUUUGUCCUUCAUGUUACAGGGUAGUGCUGACAGUCAAUGUAGAAAAAGUUGGAUUUAUUUUUCUAAAAUACAUUACAUUAUAGACAAGGUUUUCCUCAAAGAAGCCUCUGUUAGGUGCAGAGUAGUAUUAGAUCAGCAUAAUGUUCCAUUACACCUGUGUGUGACCAAGAGGCAGAAACCCUCUCUGCACUUGAGGGAUUGUCUAAAAAGGUACUUAUUAUAAGGAAUGUACCUAUUCAAUAUUAAAAUAAAUGCACACGAAUGUGAGUAUACAUAGAUACAUACACACAAAAUGAGUGAGCAAAUGGCUGGCUCUUAGUACAGUGUGAGUAGAAAUUAUAUGAACACAGCCUUCUGAUGGCUAUUGUAAAAAUACAUUUAUAGGCUAUUUGUUAGUAAGUUAGUGUUAUGUGUGGACUUCUCUGUUCAAGCCAGUCUGUUUCUCAUGUCAUGCUAGCUAGCACAUGGUAAGACUGAAUGAGGCUGAGUGAAGCACAGAGAUCAGGUUGCCACCUCUAGGAAGCAGAAGGUGUAGUCUCAGACAUGGCACUCAUCCCAGCUCCUUUGGGCCUUGUUCACAGGACUUUUGUUUUCUCACUGUCUGAGCACUUAAAAUAAAACAAACCACCCUCAUCAGUUUAAUCAACCUGGCAUCAGUUAACUUUAUUAUUAUUACUACAGUGCUAGUAUGUUUAGUAUUGGAUCAAGAUUGAGGUGCUUUCCUUGGCAAAUAGAUUUUCAAAAGUCUGCUGUCAUUCCCACCUGUUACAGGAAUUUGUUGGUUUUUUUUUUUUGGUCUGUUUUGGGACUUGUCUUGAGUUUCCUAGACCUGUUUAAAGUGAUGUGAAUUUCUCUCUAAAGGCUUCUUUAGCUUUUAAAGUAUUUCCAAAGAGCUGUGGCCAUGGCUCUCUACCCUGAGUAAUCCUUGCCUAGACUAAGCCUUUGGCCUUCCUAGCUGGUAUCAUGCUUUGCUGCUUCCAGAUGUUAAGCAGGGACAAUAAGGGGAUUUGCUUUCAGGUUUUUAAGGAGCAGGUUAAAAACAGCUUUAGGUGAGAUUUAAACUUCAAUGGUUCUUAAUGCUGGUUUCCAACGCUUUCAUUCCCUUCAGCAACUGCUGUUCUCUUUCCUUAAAAUCAGUGAAGGUUGAGUAGCAAAUCUGAAACAACAUAAGCUGCAACCAUACCAAACCCAGCUUCUUGACUACACCAGCAUAAACGAAAGAGACAGCAUUACUUACAAAUGAAGGGCCACCUGGUAGAGCUCUGCUACCUGACUUGCAACCACAGGGACCCAACUUUGCUGGUGCUAAAGGAAUGUGUGCGCAACCCUACUUAGUGCAUCUCUCACAUUAUCAUUUCUAAGCCAGGUCCCACAGGUUCAAGGACUCUCAAGCCAUCAACUUUACCUCCUGGAGAUCAGCCCUACAUUAGGCAGCAGUGUUCAAGUCCUUAAGUCUGAUGGUGAGGGUUAAGUCUAGAUGGAAGUGGCUAGAUAAUAGGUCCAAAGCUGUGGUCCCCUUAUUCAGGCAAAGGGGUUCUGUUUAGUAGAGGAUUUACUGUUUUGAAUUAGGUAGAAGUUUUUAUAUGACCACAAAGUCUAGGCUUGCCUUGUUGCUCUCCAAAAUUGUCCUGUGUAUAGACAAUUUUAUUAGGCAGGAAUAUUGAGCCAGAACUUUACUCAGAUUUCAAAGGGAUGAGGAAUGAUGUACAAGUUUUCCAACUCAUUUAAAUCACAAGGAUUACAUAUUAUUUUGUAAUGGUGCCAAUUUUAGCCUGCCUUUUGAGUUUGUUUUUAGCAAUUUGUUUUAUUUCAAAUACAUUUUAAGAAUGCUGUAAAGAUUAAAGAUAACCUACCCAACAUUUCUUCCAUGAUGAUGAGCAAGACCGUAUUUGCUUUGUCACAGCCUCUGCCAUGGAAUCUCCAACAGUUAAAAGGGAGAUGUGGGUACCUACAACGUACUGUUUCAUUUGUUAGUAUAUUAGAAAAGGGAGUGGGGAUAGGACCAAUAGGAAAUUGGUGUAAAGCUAUUUCACCACUAUCAAGAGUUUGUGUUCAAUGUUUUAGUGCUUCUUGUAAUAGGUUAAAAGUAGCAGUAGCCCUAGUUACAAAAAUGAUGACCAUCUUAAAACAGUAAAUUCCAAAACCUAAUAUUUAAUUAUGCAACUGUUUGAAACACCAGCUUGAAGUAUUAUGUAGUCUUUAUCUGAACUGACAAGUGUGCAUUCUAUCUUCAGAAGUAACUUACAUCACCUGUAGACUCCCACAAUUUAAAAAAAAACCUCAUUCGAGUUCAAUAGAUAAGUUAGGUUCUAUUUAUAAGAACCUAUUCAAUUCUCCUUCAGUCUCUUAACAGACAAGUGCAAGAGUGUAUUAAUUUGUAUCUUGUUCUUAUGACUUUUUAAAAAUUGAGCGUCAUACAGUGCAUGAAAUUUUAUAUUUCAUAUUGUUCUGAAAAAGUACUUUUCUAAUUAAAAAGGUAUAAAAAACCUUUACACCAGCUUGAAUGUAUUGUUAGUUAUUAGAAAGCACAUGUGACUAAAUUUGCAUUAACGUCAGUAUUCCACUGUUUAUACUGGAAGUUUUUCAUUUAAAAAUGUCACUUAACAUUGUACUAUAUGUUGUAAUUUUAGAGACUUUUCACCUAAUUGAUUUGCCUUAACCGUGUUCUGCUUUUUAGUUCCUUAGCUAUUGUAAAAUAGUUUUGUGUUUAUUUGAUAUAGAAUUGUAAAAACUGCAUUUAUUUAUACAGAGACAUUUAUAAUACUUUUUAUUUUACAAAUGUUCUUAUAUUCUGAAUAAAUAUUUCUAAUGCUAA